CGUACGAACAGCGCAGCGCACCGUUAUCUCGUCAUUCGCCCGCACAAAUAUUAAACCACCAGACAUAUCUAGUUUUUGUUUUUCUCUCGUAAUUUACCUACAUUUUUUUUUAUGAAAAUUUUAUAUACCAUAAUUUUCAACGAGUACACCGUGCGUCGUUCGUGUUGUUUGUAUUAAUAAACCGUGUAACCCAAAAUCCUAACCGAACGUUGUAAAAAACACACACACACACGACCACGACCACCGCCGGGUCACACGUUAUCAUCAUAUCAUACGUUAUCACACGGCACACGGACGACGAGACGCAGACGCCAAUAUCGCUGUAGACAAAAUUCAUAUCUAUACACACACACUCACACGUACACCGUGUACAAACCGUAUUGUCGCGGUGCCAUUCGCGAACAAUGAUAGGAUCCUGACGACGACAACCCCGGCCAGAGAGAGCUUGCGCCCUACGCUAAACACCGACGGACGGACGCGUAUUAUUAUACAAAAACCGGCCGUAUAAUAUAUGCCAUACACAUUGUCGUCUACAAAGGACGUCCAGAGGAUAAUUAGGUAUAUAUUAUUAUCUCCGUGUUUGUGUGUGUGUGUCUCUCUGUCGUCUGUAUCCGACGCGAUACUGUACAGGAGGGACCAUUAUCAGCGACCACUGCCAUCACCUCUACUACCCUCUGCACGACGUCGCCUGCAAAACACCCGGUGACUUAUAAAUAAUAAUAGCAAUAGUGUAGUAUAUAGUUAUAUAUAUAUAUAUAUAUAUAUAUAUACACUAAAGUAAUAUUACCGUACAAUACCUACGAUUACUAUUUGGUUACCAUGACGCAAGUACUGAGCGCCGUCCAAGGGGUCUUCGACAAAUACGGAGAUGAACGUACAAAAGACUGGUUUUUGAUGAGCAGUCCUUUGCCCACGGCACUGAUAUGUCUCAGCUACGUUUAUGUGGUCAAAUCUUUGGGCCCCAGACUGAUGGCCAACCGCAAACCGAUGGAACUGCGGAAUGUACUUAUAAUUUACAAUCUGUUCCAAGUGUUGUUCAGCUCAUGGUUGUUCUACGAGAUAGGCAUGUCUGGCUGGUUAACUGGUCGCUAUAAUUACCGGUGCGAGCCGGUGGACUACUCUAAUGAUCCAGCGACUGAGCGGAUGGUCCAUGCCUGCUGGUGGUACUAUUUCUCCAAGUUUACAGAAUUCAUGGACACGAUAUUCUUCGUGCUCCGCAAAAAGGACAGAAACAUCUCUACGUUGCACGUCAUCCACCACGGAGUGAUGCCAAUGAGCGUAUGGUUCGGAGUUAAAUUCACACCAGGUGGCCACAGCACGUUCUUCGGUCUGCUCAACACGUUCGUACACAUCAUCAUGUACACGUACUACCUGUUGGCCGCCCUGGGACCCCAAGUGCAGAAAUACUUGUGGUGGAAGAAAUACUUGACCAGUCUCCAGAUGGUGCAGUUCGUCGCCAUCAUGUUGCACGCUUUCCAAUUGCUUUUCAUCGACUGCGACUACCCCAAGGCUUUCGUCUGGUGGAUCGGCAUGCACGCCGUCAUGUUCUUCUUCCUCUUCAAGGAGUUCUACAACCAAUCGUACGUCAAGCCGCCAAAGCAAAAGGUGAGCGCCGACUCCAAACCGGCCGCCAACGGAGCUUCCAAAUCGAACGGCUACAGCAAACAGUCGGACUACUAUAUAAACGGCAACGGAUUGUCUAGGUCAGACCUGGUGCACAGGGCCACGGCCGGAGCCCACUGACCGGUAUCGUCGACCAACCACGACCGCCGACCCGUACUCGGUUGCCGCCAAAAUUGCUCAACGCCCAAAAUAUAUUCAACUACCAACGUCUUGCGGUGGACAUAUUUAGUGAACAAUUAAUUGUAUUUCUCUAUUUCUAUCUCUCUCUCUCUCUCUCUCUCUCUAUUCUAUCUAUCUAAAUAUAUUUUGUUUCCCCCCACUUUGUAGUUUUAUAUGUAAACCCUCUACCCCCCCCCCUACUUUUCCCGCCCUAGAUCAAUAGAAUGUUAUAUUUUUUACACAUCGAAUGUGAUAUGAUAAUGGUACACACAUUCGUGUGCAGUAUACGUAUCCAAUAUAAAUAGGCUGUUUGUACGAGUAAAACAAAUGUUUUAAAAAAAUCGUACGAGGUCACGCGCCCGGAUUUUUUUUUAUUAUUAUUUAUUUUACAAAACACCAUUUUUUCUUUUUUUUUUUGUGAUCAAAAAGGAAAAUAAAAAAUUAAUAAAACGGAAGCUAAUGAGAUUUCUAUUGACUUGUUGGGCAGAACGAUAUAUUUAUAUAAUAUGAAUGUGUAGUAAUAUGUAUUAAUUAUUAUUUAUAAUAAGUCUGUGUAUAAACUGCGUACCGCGGUAGAGUUGAGUGGGAAAAGUUAAGUCCGCAUAUCACUUAAGAAUUAAUUGUAUGUUUAGACUUGGUUUUUCUAUGUUUUUAAUUAAUAAUUUAUGUAAAAAAAGUAUGUUCGUUUUAAAAAUAAGAUUAAAUAAUAUUUUAUAAAAAUGUAUUAGUAAUGUCGAAAAAAAAUCAGUUGUUUUUUUUUUUAAUCUCAAUGUGAUACCUAUGGUUUAUUAUUAUAUUAUAUGUAAUUAAAACUGUGAAUGUGAUUUUUUUUUUAAAUAUAUAUUUACUAAGUAUAUUUGGCCUUGCGUGCCUUAGUAUUACGGGACCAGUGUAAUUACUUAAUAAGGUAUUUUUAAUAUACAUAUUUUCACAAAAAAAUGUUGUACGUUACAAUAACAUUUGUAGUGUAGUGUUGUAUAAUAAUAAUAAUAAAAAAAAAAAUUGGUUCCCGGAAAUUUUCUAUUUUGCCAAUUUCGAUUACUUAUCAAAACAAAAAAAAAACCCCACUUAGGAUAUGAACUAAAACGGGGAUAGACAUUAA